UAAUAGUUACAAAUUAUUAUCUAACUAGAAUAUUAACAAAAAUAUUAACAGAAAUAAGUCAAAUAACCAGAUAUUGGCUCGUUUCAUCAAGUGAAGUGCCGGAUUUUCGGAUUGCCGAAUAGGAUAUUGAUUAACUUCCCUACGAAGGACCGAAAAUGUCCGCUAAGGUACGAGAGAAAUCACCAGCAAGAAAAGCUAAAUCAGAGCAAAAUUUACAAAAAAGUUACGAGGAACAAUCUAAUGAUUGUCACCAACAAACGCUGACAACUGAGUUGGAAAAACACGAGUUAUACCAAUUUGGCAUUGCAGAGGCUUUGAACCGCCUUGGUGUGAAAAAGAGAAAUGAAGGUGAUUUUGAAUCUGCUUUGGACUUACAUAAACGGGCACUGAAUGAGCAAUUGGAGCAAUUAGGGCCAGAUCACCUUGAUCUUGCUUAUACCUACGGGUGCCAGGGUGAUGUUUUUAGUGCGAAAGGUGAUCUAGAACGUGCUUGUAAAAGUCAUUACAAGGCAUUGGUUAUUCAAGUGAAAAAGCUUGGAGAUAACCAUAUUGACGUCGCUGCCUCUUGGGACAUCCUUGGAAAUUUGUGUCGGUUGAAUGGUGAUUUAGAACAUGCUGAAGAGUAUCUUUUGAGUGCAUUAGAUAUUCGAUUAAUACUAUUGGAACCAAACCAUAUUGAAGUUGCUAUUUCUUGCAACAACCUGGGGGAUGUGUGUUGUGAUAAAGAUAAUUUCGAACGUGGUAUUAGUUAUUAUAAACGCGCGUUGAAAAUACAAUUGGAACAAUUGCCGGCAACCCAUAUUGAUUUGUCUACUACCUAUCACAAACUUGGUAAUGCGUGUUGCUAUAAAGGUGACCUGCAUGAUGCUCGUAAGUAUCAACAGCAGGCACUAGAUAUUCGGUUAGAAAAUUUUGGACGUAACCACCUUGACGUUGCUGCUUCUUACGACAGCCUUGGCAAUGUGUGCAGCAAAAUUAAAGGUGAAUUGAAAGAAGCCCAUGGUUUUUAUCGAGACGCAUUGGAUAUCAAAUUAACAUUACUUGGACCAGACCAUGUUGGCGUUGCUGAGUCUUACAAAAAUCUGGCUGAUGUUUGUUUUGAAAAUAAAGAUGAGCGAGAUUCUCUUAAUUAUUGUCGACGGGCUCUGAAAAUUAUGUUCAAAACACCAAAACGAAAUCAAAUUGGCGUUGCUGCCUCCUCCAAUAAUGAAGGACCAAGGCCUACACAAACCAUAUUUAGCCAGGAUUUGAACAUAUCUGGCCAAGAAUCCGAGGGGCCCCAAAAUUCAGCUACAACAUAUGAGGCUGAACAGCAACAACCUGUGAUAGGAAAAACGACUGGAGACGAGUUAUCACAGCAGGCUUCGAAAGAGGAUUCGGAACAAUUUGGACCCAACCACAAAGACGUUUCAGCUUACCAAGGACCAAGGCCUACACAAACCAUAUUCUGCCAGGAUUUGGACAUAUCUGGCCAAGAAUCCAAGGAACCCCAACAAGCUACAACAUCAGAUGAGGCUGAACAGCAACAACCUGUGAUAGGAAAAACGACUGGAGACAAGUGUAGCUACACUUUCAGUGCUUCGAAAGAGGAUUCGGAACAAUUUGGAACCAACCACAAAGACGUUUCAGCUUACCAAGGACCAAGUCUUAGCCAGGAUUUUGACAUAUCUGGCCCCGAAUCUGUUGAAUCUCAAAAUCCAACAACAACAUGUGAAGGUGAGGCUGAACAACAAGAACCUGUUAUAGGAGAAACAACUGGAGACAAGGAGGACGAUGAAAAAAGUCAAACUCAUAAGGCCAUGAAGAAAUUCAAAGCAUUCCAACGGUUUCAUUCUAAAAAAGAAAAAGAGAUAUCCGAAAAGUUGGAAGAACGUUCAGAUAAAGAGGCGUUAAACUACGUUUUUGUUUACCAAGAUGACGAAAAGGGCUUCACGUAUAGUUUUUGUCGCAAUAAAGAACAAGGGGUGAUCAUGCUACAGAAGAAACAGAAAUCUUUGUGCGCAAUAUUCCAUUUGCCGGGCAAGCGAAAAAGAGAGAAAUUAACGACUAAAAAUUUGGCGAAUAUCAAUGUGGAGCUAAUAGAUCCAUUUACGGAGAAGGUUAUAUUGAGAGUAAAAGCUGUAUUCGACAGCGGUGCAGAUAUUGCUAGUUUUCCUCUCAAUCGCCAAAAAAUGAAGUCAUUGGUUAACUCAUUCACCGUUCUAAACGAUAUGUUAGUACCAAUUGUGUACGCUAAAAUAAAAGUAAAUGGUUAUUUAUUGGAUGGCGUUCAUGAGAUCGAAAUUGAGGAAGAUCAGGAUUGGUAUGCCAUUGGACUUCCCCAAUUUGCGCGUUUGAACAUGAAGACAAAGAAGGAGAUAUUGAAAAGUUUCAUAAAGUGAUUAAUAAUAACAUAUAUAGAACACGCGUGCUGAUUGGUCAAGAAACGUGUUUCUAUAACUAUAUAGAAUCACGAAAAUUUCCCGCCUCCGCCGCCUUCAAAUUUAAAAACAUGAUACAAUGUAGUUAAUAGUGCUAUACUUAACCAUAAUAAUGUUAAAUAUACGAACUCCUGAACAAAGGGGUUAUUCCUGUGUGUCGAUAAUGGAGAACUAUGGACUAUGGAGAACUACUCUCGGACUAUCUCUCACAAAGCACAAAAUGAAAUACAUCAUUCAUUGUUCAUUGCUCGUUGUAAAUAAUGUUA